AUGGCGGACAAGUCCGCAUUCGUGCCCGUUGAAGCCGUCACGGAUAGGAAAGGUUCCGCUGAAAUUGAAGCUGACAUUGACGCUGAGUUAUUCGGAAAAAAGGGCGAUCCAAAGUCACCUGCAAAGCAAAAAUCAGAAAAGUCAGUUAAAAAGGCAACACCACCACCUCCACCGCCGCCGCCUCAAGAGUCUCCGAAGCAGACUGUCGGGAAGUACCAGUACAAAAAGUCCACCACCUAUCAGAAAACGUAUGCGUAUGCCAGAAAGUGA